UGAAGCCCUCUCUUUCUGCUUGGAGCUCCUGAUCAGCCCGGCUCUACAAUGGAGAGAGGGUUCAAGCUGGCUGUGGCCCUGCUGUGCUGGAGCUGCUCGCUGUGUGUGGUUACUGCCAUCCACAGGCCUGAUAUGUUCCCUUAUGGCACUUUAAGUGGGGAUUUUAUUUUAGCAGAAGGCGACGAUGAGACGUCCAAAGUGCUGUCCCUCCCUAAACCGUUAUACUUUUAUGACUCCAGCUUCUCCCAGCUUUAUGUGGCCACCAAUGGCAUCAUCUCAGCCCAAGACCUGCCAAUGGAAAAGCAAUACGUUGAUGAUGGCUUCCCCACAGACUUCCCCGUGGUGGCACCGUUCCUGGCUGACAUUGACACCAGCGGAGGGCGAGGACAGAUUUAUUACCGGGUGACUGAAACGCCCAGUGUCCUCAACAGAGUAGCCCAGGAGGUCCAUCGGGGGUUCCCAGAUGCAAAUUUUACACCCACUCAUGCUGUAGUGGCAACAUGGGAGAACGUUGCAGCAUAUGAAGAACAAACCCGAGAAAGUGGACCUUCAAACAAGGUCAAUACGUUCCAAGCAGUGAUUGGUUAUGAUGAGACUGACUCAUACGUUCUCUUCCUCUACCCCGAGGGUGGUCUGAACUUCUUUGGGACUCGGCCUAAGGAAUCGUAUAAUGUUGAGAUUGAGCUUCCUGCUAGAGUUGGCUUUAGUAGAGGAGAAGUAACAUAUUUUUUGUUCUCCCGCACUGAAGGACCUUAUUACAGCGUUACCAGCAAUGAGCAGAGUGUUAAAAACCUUUACCAGGUUGGGAAUACCGGGAUUCCAGGUGUUUGGCUUUUUCAUACUGGUAAUCGUUACUCUUUCGGCAACAUUGUUCCUGCAUCCAUUGGUGGUCUCUUGGCUACUCCACCUACUCAAGGACAUAGGCUGUCCCUGGAUACAACCACUCCUGAGUAUGCGGAGUUUGAGGAAUAUCCAGAUAAUACCUUUAACCCAUCCACCCAUGUGGAUGGGGAUGACUACACCUUAACUGGCAGGGUCCCUGAAUUUAAGUCCCCCUCUGCUGGUCGUGAUGACUCAAAUUCCCCCCAACCUGCAAGUCCUGAUCUUCCUUCUUCUCCUUCAGUGGAGUCUAGUCAUCAGGUGUUGUACAACAAAGAAGAUGUGCCAUUGACCUCUCAACCCAGGUAUGGUUCAGAGCCAGCGGGGAGGCAAUACGCUCCUCCUAAUCUUCCUCAGACGGUCUUAGAGGGAGGUGCUCAACAGGAACAGUUACCUCAGUUUCCUCUAGAAGUGGUGGAUUUUUACCCUCCUAACAGAAACAAUCCACCUCUCUCCCCUGGAGGCCAUGUGGUCAGUGUGGAUGAAGAUAAUGUUGAUUUUGACACAGGAGUGAUUCAGUACACUACAGAGAAUAAGGAAACUUGUGCCAGAUUCCAGCAGCAAUGCUCCCAGAAUGCCUUUUGCUCCGACUACGCCACAGGGUUUUGCUGCCACUGCCGUCCUGGCUUCUAUGGAAAUGGACGCCAGUGUCUACCCGAAGGGGCUCCCCAGCGUGUUAGCGGUAAGGUGAGCGGUACCGUGACUGUUGGAUCGACUCCUGUGGAGCUGAACAACAUCGAUCUUCAUGCGUACAUUGUGGUGGGAGAUGGGAGAGCAUACAUUGCCAUCAGCGAGGUACCUGAGUCAGUAGGCUGGGCGCUGAUGCCAGUUGCACCUAUAGGGGAGCUGUUUGGGUGGCUGUUUGCUCUGGAGCUGCCAAAUAGCCAAGCAGGAUUCAAAAUCACAGGUGCUGAGUUCACUCGUCAUGCAGAGGUGGUGUUUUACCCGGGUAACCAGCGCUUGUCCAUCAUGCAGACGGGCCGUGGCCUUGACGAACACAACCACCUCACAGUGGAUACUGUAAUCAAUGGCAACGUGCCUGUCAUACCACAUGGAGCUGACAUUACCAUGGAGCCCUUCAAAGAGACUUACCAAUACUACCCAUCUGUUGCCACCUCCACUUCUAUCAGGGAGUUUUCAGUCGUUUCGGCAGAGCGAGGUUCAGAGUCCCACUCCUUCCAAACGAAACAGAACCUUACCUAUCGUGACUGUCGGCAUGACAACCAAGCCGCUGUCCCCGAGACAUUGCAGGUCACCAUGGAGAGGGUGUUUGUGAUGUAUGUCAAGGAGGAGCGGAUCUUGAGAUAUGCCAUCACAAACAAAAUCAGCCCUGUUGGAGUUGAACCUGUGGGGCCUGAAGUGGUCAACCCCUGCUACUCUGGGAACCAUGACUGUGACACCACAGCACAGUGUAUCCCGCUAGAGGGCCAGGCCUUCCGUUGCCAGUGUGCUACUGGCUAUACAGGAGAUGGACGCAACUGUUAUGACAUAGAUGAGUGUGCUGAAGGUUUGAGCCAAUGUGGGGAUCACUCUCAAUGUUUGAAUCUUCCUGGUAGCCACCGCUGCCAGUGCCAGAGAGGUUUUGAGUUGGGUGACAGGCGUGCCUGUGUUGACAUUGAUGAGUGCAGCUUAUCUCCAUGUCACAUCCACGCCAGAUGCAUUAAUAUACUGGGAUCCUUCCAGUGUCAGUGCCAACCUGGGUUUUAUGGUGAUGGUUUCCACUGCUUCCAGCAAGAAGGUCGACCAAAGACCCAGUGUGAGAAGCACAGGGACAGUCUUCAGAGUGGAGAAGCUGAUGGACGUCCAAGUCUCGGAGCCUUUAUCCCUCAGUGUGACUCUGAUGGGCAGUACCGACCCCUGCAGUGUCACGGCUCCACUGGACAUUGUUGGUGUGUGGACAGUAGUGGACAGGAGAGAGCAGGAACCAGGACUCCACCUGGGACUUCACCAAAAGAUUGUGAAAGAGCAGAUGAACCAGAAUGGCCUAAAACCAUAUGUGAGCGCCACAGAGACAGUGUCCAGACCACCAGUCCAGAUGGUCUUCCUGUAGCAGGGGCUUAUGUUCCCCAGUGUGAUGCAGAAGGACGGUACACACCACUGCAGUGUCAUGGUUCCUCUGGAUAUUGUUGGUGUGUGGACAGUGGGGGCCAGGAAAGACCAGGAACCAGGACAUUGCCUGGAGCACCACCCAAAGACUGUGACAACCCAAAUGUACCACAGCGUCCUAGGACCCGCUGUGAGCACCACAGAGACAGUGUACAGACCACCAGUCCAGAGGGAUAUCCUUUAACUGGAGCCUAUGUACCCCAGUGUGAUGAAAAUGGAGAAUAUUUACCACAGCAGUGUCAUGGGUCCUCUGGACAUUGUUGGUGUGUGGACAGUACAGGACAGGAAAGACCAGGAACCAGUACUCCACCUGGUUCACCACCUGUGGACUGCGACAGAGUAGACGAUACAGGCCGUCACUGUGAGCGCCACAGAGGCAUCAUCCAGGCCUCUGGUACUUCAGUUGGAGCCUAUGUACCACAAUGUGAUGAAAAUGGAGAAUAUCUUCCACGGCAGUGUCAUGGCUCCUCUGGACAUUGUUGGUGUGUGGACAGUACAGGACAGGAAAGACCAGGAACAAGGACUCCACCUGGUUCACCAUCUGUGGACUGCGACAGAGUAGGUGAUAGACAGGGUCCAUGUGAGCGCCAUAGAGACAGCAUACAGGCCUCUGGUGCUUUAGUCGGAGCUCAUGUACCACAAUGUGAUGAAAACGGAGACUAUCUACCAAGACAGUGCCAUGGUUCUACUGGCCACUGUUGGUGUGUGGACAGCACUGGACAAGAGAGGGCAGGAACCAGGACUCCACCUGGUACACCACCAAGAGACUGUGAUAAACCAGAUGAACAAGAGCAACCCAAAACACUGUGUGAACACCAUAGAAAGAGAGCACAGGAGGGAUAUCCAGCAGCUUAUGUUCCCCAGUGUGAUACAGAAGGACAGUACAUACCACUGCAGUGCCAUGGUUCCACUGGACAUUGUUGGUGUGUUGACGAGAGUGGACAGGAGCAAGCAGGAACCAGGACUCCACCUGGUACACAACCUAAAGAUUGUAACAAACCAGGCCCUGUGUUUCAAACCAGUCGCCCUGAGAGCGUCUGUGAGCGAUGGAGGGCCAGUUUGAUCGAACAUUAUGGUGGGAAACCAGAUCCACAGCAGUACCUGCCUCAGUGUGAGCCAGACGGACAAUUCAGUCCAGUCCAAUGUUAUGGGGAGACCACUUACUGUUGGUGUGUGGACCAGGAUGGACGGGAGGUUCCUGGUACCCGAUCACAUGAUGCUGUCAAACCUGGAUGCCUUCCAUCAGUGGCCCCGCCCACCGUUCAUCCAUUGCCCCGCCCAGAUGUGACCCCUCCUCCAAACACUAACGUCACGCUGCUCUACGCUCAGGGACAGAAAAUUGGAGUGCUACCUCUCAAAGGGACCAGACUAGAUGCAGCUCAGUCCACAACGCUGUUGACUUUGCAUGGUUCCAUAGUUGUUGGUAUAGCCCACGACUGCCAGGAAAAUAAAGUGUAUUGGACAGAUUUAUCUGCAAGAACAAUUAACAGAGCUUCAAUGGCAUCUGGAGCUGAGCCAGAGAUUCUCAUCAGUACAAAUCUUGUCAGUCCAGAGGGUUUAGCGGUGGACGUCAAACGUAGGUUGUUGUUCUGGGUCGACUCGUCCCCCGAUGUGAUCGAAAGGGCCAACUUGGACGGCACUGGGAAACGAACCCUGUUUGACACACACUUGGUCAACCCCCGGGCCAUCAUAGUGGUUUCAUCCACUGGGACUCUGUAUUGGACGGACUGGAACAGAGAGGCUCCGAAGAUCGAGACUUCAUCUGUAGACGGUAAAAACCGCAGAGUGGUGGUCUCAGAUGGGAUUGGUUUGCCCAACGCUUUAACGUAUGACUCCUCUUCUGGACAAGUCUGCUGGGCUGAUGCAGGUACAAAGCGUUUAGAGUGUGUAUUUCCCAAUGGGUCCGGCCGAAGAGUGAUCCAGCCCAGCCUCAACUACCCAUUCAGCAUGGUCUACUACAAGGACCACUUCUAUUACACUGACUGGAGGAGGGAUGGGGUGAUCGCAGUAAGCAAAGAGAGCAAUAAGUUCACUGAUGAAUACCUGCCUGACCAGCGCUCUCAUCUGUAUGGCAUCGCCAUAGCAACCACCCACUGUCUACCAGAGAGCCUCUAACAACGGGCCGGCAGCAGGGUCCCUUGGUGCUAUCGCUCGGGGGGAGGGCGACACCCGGUCGGAAAGCACGACCACCCCAGAGGAAGGUCGCUCAGAAGGGAGCAAGAUGGCCGACACUGUCCCAAAGAUAUAACCCAAAGUAAAUGUUUUGUAAAUUUGUUUUAUACCUCAUUUUUAUUUUUACUGUAUUUUUUUUAUAUUGUGUUUCGUUUUGUUUUUCUACCAAUUAAAGCUAAAGAAAAUUAAAAUAGGAUACUAAAAUGUGAGUUUUUCCAAAAGUCCUGCUAUAAAACUGAGCAUCAGGGUUUUUCUUUUUAACUUGUCCAGUUUGGCUGUAAAAACUCAGACUCAGUUUGACAUUGUGAGAAAUUCUUAAACAGAGUUUUAUGCUGGUUUUUAACCUCACUCUUCUUUGUGGCAUAGAAAGUGGAACCGAUCGGUAUGUUUUUCUGUCAUGCUUCCAGUUGAGCUCACUAGCGUUAGCAUGUAGAGGGUUUGUAAGAAUUCCAAACUUUGGAGCACGGAUAUCCAGGUUUUGGUUUAAUAAGUGAAAACACUACGCUGAUUAAAUGUUCUUAAACCUGUAUUAAUGCCGCUUUUACGAGACUGAAAUCAGUUUCGUAACCAAAGCAGCAAAGCAGGCUCACAUCGUUUCUCUGCACUAAUCUCCAUUUUGUCACGACUUGUUUUGCUAAACAUUUUAACUACAUUUCAAGUUAUGUUAAUGAGAUGUGAUAUUUAUAUCAAUAAAAUGUGAUUUGAUACUUGA